GAUGGUUAAAAUGUAUGGAUACGUGGCGGAACCUUCAUAACAACUGUCAGACAUUCAGAGAAUGGCUAAUUACUGCAGAGAGAAUGAUUGGUGAAUGGCAGAGCACAGAUCUACCACUUGCUGAUGCAAAAGCGAAACAAAAGGACCUGGAAAAGCAAGUCACCAUGAAGCACAGAACAAUGAGCAACAUUGGGCUAGCUUGUCGUGAAAUUGUGGGGCGAUCGCAGCCACCAGAGAGCACAAAUAUCCAAAGUAUGGUUGAUGAUUUACGACAUCGGUGGCAGGUUGUUCUGGCAGAGCUCACCACAAGGAGGGAUAAGAUCACUGCCAUGGAGGCGGCUGCUAAUCUGAAGGAGGAGAUGAAACUCUUUGUCGACUCAACCCAGGUUUGUUUGGAUCAAGUCAAGUCCUUGCUAGGAUCAACUGCAAAUCCUUCAGAUGACACUUCCUUGGCUGUCAGACUAAGUAUGAUUAAGGUUCGCAAGGAAGAAUUAGUUGAGAUGAAAAGGGAGUUGGAGAAGCUGAAGAAAUUGAAGCAAGUACAAAAUUCUGAACGGUUGAGGAAUCUUAGCACUGCAAUGGAGAAGGCCUCAUCUGGCUUGUCAGACCACCAUGAAUAUAUAGAAUGCAAAUUGUCCUCCCUGAAGAAAUAUACAACUCAUUUGGAUGCUGUCAUUGCUUGGGUCAUGGAGACCAGAACAAGAAUCAACAUAAGCAAGGAACUUCCAGACAAAGAGAAGAAGAGAGUCAUAGAUAACAUCAUGGUUUCUGUCCGUGACCGUGAAACUGAAGUGACUGAAGCAUUGGAGAAUUUUACAAACUUGGAAAAGGAGUGUGAAGGAGCCAGGCAGCCAGUAUCAGUGGAACUACAGGAAAAAAUAAAGAAGCUUCGCGAAGACUGGAAAUAUGUGAAGAACAGAGGAGAAGAAGUGACUUCGCAAGAUGCCAUUGUUCAAGCAGCAGCGGCAUCCCCUGUAUAUUCACCUAAAGUUCAGACAGAAGCGCGGCUUGGCGCUUCCCCCGGUGUGCGCUCGGUGGAAGUGCAGACACCUCCCGCUUCCCCCACUAGCGGCCAUCAGGGACCUCGGCUUACUCCUGGUGGCCUCCUAGCCAGCUUCGACAAGUCCAUUCUGCAGAUUCGUGAUUGGUUAACUUUAGAAGAGGAGAUGUUGCGUCAGCAAGCAGUUAUUGUUGGAGACGUGGACGAUAUUCUGCAAGUCCUGGAUAAGCAGAAGAACGUCCUGCGGGAGCUGGAGCAGAAGAAGCCGCAACUGGACGAGCUGGUCCACACGGCAGAGAACCUGAAGGCCGAUUCCAACCGGCAGCAACUCCACGGGAAAGCACUGUAUGAUUCUCUCUGCUCGCCAAUCUUAUAUCAUCUUCGGACGUACCUGAAAGUUACGAAAUUACGGGAACACUGGGACGAAACAAACUCCAAGGUGAUGCAGAGGAAGACGCAGUUGGACGCCAUGCUGACGGACAGUCAGCGCUACGAGAGCAAACGGCUGGAGGUGGAAGCUUGGCUGGGGCGAAUGGACACACGCCUCGAACGCAUGGGACCGGUGGGUCACACUGCAGACGUGUUGGAAGCGCAGCUGAGGGAACAAAAGUCAUAUCAUGCAGAACUGCACCAGUACAAACACCACAUUGAAUUAUUCAAUCAGCUCACUCAGAAGUUAAUUGCUGUAUACCAACAAGAUGAUACCACCAGGGUGAAGAAGAUGACAGAAACAAUCAACCAGCGCUAUAACAACCUGAACACGAGCAUCAUCAACCGAGGGAAGCUGCUCCACUCGGCAAUGAACUCCCUGCACAACUUUGAUCGGUCAUUGGACAAGUUCCUUGCAUGGCUGUCUGAAGCUGAGUCUUCAAUGGAAUGUGUGGAAGCAGAGACAGAUCGACUUGGUGGGCGGAGAGAUCCUGGUCUUCUGCGACAGCCUCUUCAUCAGCUCAAGGACUUACAGUCUGAAAUUGAGAGUCACAGAGAUGUGUUCGCUUCUCUCAACGGCACUGGAAGGAAGUUGCUUAGCAGUCUGGCGUCCCAGGACGACGCCGUCAUGCUACAGCGACGUCUCGACGAGAUGAACCAACGGUGGCACCAUCUCAAAGCCAAGAGCAUGGCCAUUAGGAACAGGCUGGAAAGCAACUCGGAGCAUUGGAACGCUCUCCUUUUGUCUCUUCGGGAACUCAUCGAAUGGGUGAUCCGCAAGGAUACAGAACUGACUGGACUGGGGCCCAUUGGAGGGGACGUAGCCUGCCUGCAGAAACAACAGGACGACCACCGCGCGUUUCGGCGGCAGCUGGAGGACAAGCGACCGGUCGUGGAGAACAACCUGCUGAGCGGAAGGCAGUACAUCGCGAACGAGCCGCCCCUGUCGGACACUAGUGACAGUGAAGCGGGCCGAGAGUUGGAAGGGGAUUCUCGCGGGUACCGUAGCGCCGAGGAGCAGGCCCGCGAACUGACCCGAAGUAUCCGCAGGGAAGUGAACAAACUGUCUGAGAAGUGGAACGCCCUCAUCGACCGGUCGGACCAAUGGCAGCGGAAACUGGACGACAGCCUUGCGAAAAUGCGCUUAUUCCAAAAGAAUUUGGAGGACCUUUCCAGCCGCAUAUCAGCAGCUGAAGCCAUGAAGAAUAGUUGGCAGAAUCCAGGUGACAUGGCUGAAGUGGGCGAAAUGCUGGAACAACUUCAGAAAUUUGGUGAAAGACUUGGGCCGAUACAGAGAACGGUAGAAGAUGUUAAUGACCAGACUGCUUUAUUUACUUCCAACAACGUUUUAGUUUCACAUAUCAACCUGAACCGAUUAGAGGAUCUCAAUACAAGGUGGAAACUCCUUCAGAUGGCUGUGGAUGACCGCUACAAGCAGCUCAAUGAUUUUGGGAAGGAAGGAUCUCCACCAAACCAGGGCUUCCUGUCAGCGUCUGUUGAGCAUCCGUGGGAACGUGCUAUUACUGCAAACAAAGUGCCUUAUUACAUUAAUCAUCAGUUGGAAACUACACAUUGGGACCAUCCCAAGAUGAUUGAGCUAAUGAAUUCUCUCUCUGACCUCAAUGAAGUUCGCUUCUCAGCGUACAGAACAGCUAUGAAGCUCCGAACAGUGCAAAAGCGAUUAUGCUUGGAUCUCCUCAGUCUAGUUUCUGCUCUAGAAUCUUUUGACUCUCACGGUCUACGAGCGCAGAAUGACAAAUUAAUUGAUGUUCCUGAUAUGGUGACUGUGCUCACUUCCCUCUAUGAAUUGAUUGCGGCCGAUAACCCCAGCCUUGUUAAUGUGCCACUCUGCCUCGACCUCGCCAUAAACUGGCUGCUCAACGUCUAUGACAGCCAACGUACAGGACAAAUUCGUGUUUUGUCUUUCAAAGUUGGACUAGUCUUACUCUGCAAAGGACAUCUAGAAGAAAAAUAUAGAUAUUUAUUCCGGCUGAUUGCGGAUCCAAAUCGAUUAGUGGACCAGCGCAAAUUGGGACUGCUUUUACAUGAUUGCAUUCAGGUGCCUCGCCAGCUUGGCGAAGUAGCAGCUUUUGGGGGCUCCAAUAUAGAACCAUCAGUCCGCAGCUGUUUUGAAAAAGCAGGAAAAGAUAAAACUUCCAUAGAGGCAAUCCAUUUCCUGAACUGGCUGCAGCAGGAGCCACAGAGCAUGGUGUGGCUUCCAGUCCUACACAGGCUCUCUGCUGCAGAGACAGCAAAACAUCAAGCAAAAUGCAACAUCUGCAAGGAGUACCCAAUUGUGGGGUUCAGGUAUCGCUGCUUGAAGUGUUUUAACUUCGACAUGUGUCAGAACUGUUUCUUCUCAGGGAGGAAGGCAAAGAACCACAAACUUACUCAUCCUAUGCAAGAAUAUUGCACAGCUACCACUUCUGGUGAAGAUGUCAGGGACUUCACAAGAGCACUUCGCAACAAGUUUAAGUCAAAACGUUAUUUCAAGAAACAUCCUCGGGUGGGCUACUUGCCUGUGCAGACAGUUCUAGAGGGUGAUGCCCUUGAGAGCCCUGCUCCCUCACCUCAACACUCAACUCUCAGCCAGGACAUGCAUUCACGACUAGAAAUGUACGCAUCGCGGCUUGCAGAGGUGGAAUUGCGCACCAGGAGUAAUUCCACCCCUGACUCAGAUGAUGAGCACCAGCUGAUUGCCCAGUACUGUCAGUCACUGAAUGGCGGUGAUGCAGUUCCGGUGCCUCGCAGUCCAGUGCAGAUCAUGGUCGCUAUUGAUCAAGAACAGCGUGAGGAAUUAGAAGCCAUGAUACGUGAGUUGGAGGAGGAGAAUGCAUCCCUUCAAGCUGAGUAUGAGCGCCUGAGAGCGAAACAGACACCUGGCUCAACUCCAGAAGAGUCUGCACAUCUGCCUGGUGGUACAAGGCCCCCUGACUGUGACAUGCUGGCUGAAGCCAAGCUGCUGCGCCAACACAAAGGUCGACUGGAAGCCCGAAUGCAGAUUCUAGAGGACCAUAACCGUCAGUUGGAGGCUCAACUCCAGCGACUUCGGCAGCUGCUUGAUGAACCCAGUUCAAGUUCACCUUCCAAGACAGGAACUCUACAGACCCGAUCUGUGACAGCGUCUCAGUUGGCUACUGAUUCCCCUGCUAAGAUGAAUGGUCAUUAUCAUGACUCUGGAAGUGGGCGCUGGGUGGAUGGUGGUAGGAGUGCUGUGGAUCGUAUUGGCGAUAUGCGACCACCUCCUCCUCCAGUCUCGCACAACAUGGCAGCUGCAGCUACAGGCGCAUCUUCUUCGUCUGUUGCUGCCACUCAGAAUGUAGGCAAUCUGCUCCACAUGGCAGGAGACCUGGGGAAAGCUGUGAGUGAGUUAGUGACAGUAAUGACAGAUGAAGACCAGCAUUCAGAAUCAGCUAGCCCUAGCGAUGAGGACCUGCACACAUCAGCAAGGUUGAACCCAAAGUAGAGUGGAAUAUCAAGUCACCUUCAAUCACCAGUUUCCUUUGAUUGUGGCAGUAAGAUUUGUGGUACAUGUCUAAUGUUUUUAACAUUCCAGAGAUUGAGUUUUCAUCUGACAAAUUCACAGUAAUAAUGUAUACAGUUUAUGAGCGUAAUAAUAUUUCUUUAACAUUAUUAAGUGGUCAUCCAGGUUUUAUAAAAUAGUACUGCCUUUUUUUUUUGUAUAAUGAUAGAGAAAUUGAAUGUUUAGGAAUAUAUAUGUAAGUGACCAAUAAGUGGAAAUUUUGUUUGAAAACUUAGUAGAAAGAGAAGCAUUAUUAGAGACAGAAAGUAUUUUAUUCGCCUGGUCAGAGAAAUUAAUGGUGACAAGGCAGAUUCAGUCUCUGUGAUGUCUGUCCAAAGCAUUAGUCCUUGCCUGGUAAAUGUCACACACAACUACUGCAAGAGUGCAUGGCAGUCAUAUAAGCAUAUGAUGAGUGAGUGUUGCACAAAGAAUAGGACCAAGCAGUGGAACUGCUAAAUCAAAGGAUUGUUUCAGUGCUGGACUAUUUUUAGAGAAGAUAGCAGAAAUGAAACUGCACAACUGCCAUAUCACAAAUUUAAAAUUUUACUCUUUGAACUUGAAAUCCACACACAUCUUAUUUGACAUAUCUGAACAUAUUAUCCUGUCUGUUGGCAGAUUGGUUUAUAUCUUUAGGAUGUUGUUAUUACAGUGUAACAAGUGAAUGUAAAUAAGCAAGAAACUUUAAGAUUGCAGGCUGAAUGAGUAGUCCGUCAUGUAAACGCAGUUGUAGGUGUGGAUUACAGAUUGUCUUCUCUCGCUCAUUUUUUUAAAGAAACAAGUUUUCCCUUUGUGAACUGCACAAACAUGGUGCUUCGAACAUUAAACAUAAGAGAUUUACAUAAUCCCAGGAGAUGACUUUUGUCACUAAAAGGCACAUAUCCAUCCCUUUAAUGAUAUAUAAAUACCAAGAAAGUCCUAAAAUGACUCUAAGUUAGAUUUAUAAUCUUUUAUCACUUCAAUUAGUUUUAUUUUCUUAUAACUCAAUUUAUCAGAUGUUUUUUCAUUGGGUAUGAACAGUACCUAAAAUCUUUUGUAUCCACACAAAGACUUCAUAGCUCCACUUCAACCCCAAAUUCUGAUGUACAUAUAAAUUUGUUCAUUGCUCUAGAUAGGUCAGUCACAUUGGUAGCCAUGUUUCAAAGGAGGAGCCAUCAGUUUGAGACCUAUACAGGUGGAGUUUCCUCUUUCAUCAGGUGUAGUCAUUGUUGGUUGUAGGAGUGGAGCAUACAAAUGUUGCUGGUCUUCAGAGUAAAUCUUUAAAUGACAGCAAUUAUUUGUAAAAGUAUCAAUUCCAUUAUAACACUUACAUUGAAUAAAGAAGUUGGUAGAAACAUACACAGAAAUAUUAUGUUCACAACAGCUCUCAAGCUGUGGUUCCUCUUUCUAUAGUGUCCAUGUCAUUCCUUGCAGAUUUUGACACAAUGCAUUAAAAAUGCAAAUCUUUUUAUCUGUGAGCUCACAUUCAUACAAAUUUUGAUGCAUCAUUUGUUUUAAUAUCACCAACAUAUCGAGGCCAAUAAAAAUGGACACUAUUCUGUAAAAAUUAUUUCUUUCUACAGGAGGUAGAACUUGCCCUAUUACUUGUCAGAAAUGAUGAAUGAAUGAAUGACUAAAUAAAAAGGCCCUAGUUACCUCCAAGCUGAAGACUGGAUUAUCCUGAUGGCAUUAAUUUCUGUGAAUAUGGGCUCUAAGAUCGUUUCAUUAACACUCAGUAUUUAAUGCUAUAGUGAAGCCACUAGCCUUCCCCAUGCUGUACCUUUUGUUGCUCCUUAUCCCCUUAAACCUUUUUAAUGUGAUGCAUUUUGCAAUAGGUAAUAGUCCUUAAUUAUAAAUAGAGGUAAUUUAGAAUGGCCAGGUUAAUUUCCUUAAUUUCAGAUUUUGACUGUUAAACUUAUGCAUUUCUUCUUUGUUGAUGGAAGUAGAAAACUGAAAACUCUGUAGCUAAUCAAAAAAAGUUCCCUGAAAAUAGAAUUUUUAACAGAAAAAAAUAUUAAUUGGUUUUCUUUUGUCAACUAUGUUCUAAAAUGAUUUUCUAGCACUCUGACUUGGUUAGUAAUUGACAGCAUUUUUUGAUGGUAUUUUCAUGCAAGAAGACCACUUCUUUUAAAGGUUUCAGUCCAGAUUUUGUUAACUGUGUAUUCCUGAGUGAACUGUACACAGGAUAAGGGAGUUUUAUCACCAUUGGUUUCUCCAUGGUUAUUUAAGUUUUGUCAGACAGAGUAUCUUUUGUAGGCUUCAGAAACUUGAGUAAAAUGUAAGUCAUGAAGCCUGAUGCAUGUGUAUUUUCAUCUGAUUACAAUCACCAAGAACUGAGAAGAAACAAGACAUGUCAGAGUGAAGAGAGAAUAGCCAUAAUUUGAGCUAUAAUGUUGUAUAUAUGACUCUUGUAGCAUCUGUAAAUGCCCAAAUCUCACUCCAUGUGGUAGACUGUUCUAAUUGGAGUAGCAGAGCAUUCAUGUUAACCAUGUUAGCAUGGCUAACACCUUGAAACAUGAAAUAAAAAGUAAUACUCUCAUA